UUGUUGUGAAGUUCUGCCUGCUAGAUUGUUAAAAGUGCAAUUGUAACAAAAAAAAUUAAAUAAAAACAAGAACAAAAUACGCAUUGAUUUCCUAUAAAGAGUUUGCAUAUUAGAGCCGCGUUUUCGCUGACGUUUGGUGCCGAGUUAUUCUUUUUUUUUCGUUUUAUCUUUCGGAAAGUGGGUGAAAAAAUUAGCAGUGUUCAUUAUUUUGUUAAAGUGUUUGUUUGAGUGUUGCGUGUGCGACGGUCGCAUAGAAAAUACACGAAAAAAAGGAAAUAAAAUAAAAUAAGAAAGGAAACGAAUUAAGUUUGCAAAGGGCUGAAAGCCAGAGUGACAAAAAAGCAGCAGCGAAAAUGGCGUUGAAAAUGUUGGUUGGCCAGAAGAUCAUGAACGAGGUGGUGAAGUACAAGCCGCCGCCACCCAAGAAGGCGGGCGCAGCGGCAGCUCCAAAGGCAGCCGGAGCCGGUGGCAUUGAGUGGCGUGUCCUCGUUGUGGAUAAGCUGGGCAUGCGGAUGGUGUCCGCUUGCACCAAAAUGCAUGAGAUUAGUGCCGAGGGCAUCACCUUGGUGGAGGACAUCAAUAAGAAACGUGAACCGCUGCCCACAAUGGAUGCCAUCUAUUUGAUCACGCCAUCGGAUGAAUCGGUGCGCUCUUUGAUUCGUGACUUUGAGAAUCCGGCACGUCCGAUGUAUCGCUAUGCGCACGUCUUCUUUACCGAGGCGAUACCUCCGCGCAUAUUUGAAAUGCUGCAAUCGCACAAAGACAUUUGUCGGCGAUAUGUGCGCACCUGCAAAGAGAUCAAUAUUGCCUUUUUAGCCUAUGAAGCACAGGUGUUCUCACUGGACUCGCCGGACACGUUCCAAUGCUUGUACUCGCCGGCCUUUGCCUCCAUCCGUGGCAAGCACAUCGAGCGCAUUGCCGAGCAGAUUGCAACGCUUUGCGCCACGUUGGGCGAAUAUCCGAAUGUGCGCUAUCGCAGCGAUUGGGAUCGCAACAUCGAUCUGGCUGCCUCGGUGCAGCAGAAACUGGAUGCCUAUAAGGCCGAUGAGCCAACCAUGGGCGAGGGGCCGGAGAAGGCGCGAUCCCAGCUGCUCAUCUUGGAUCGUGGCUUCGAUUGCGUCUCGCCAUUGUUGCACGAGCUCACAUUGCAAGCCAUGGCCUAUGAUUUAUUGCCCAUUGUUAACGAUGUCUAUCGAUACACGCCCGGACCCAAUCAACCCGACAAGGAGGUCCUCCUCGAUGAGAACGAUGAUUUGUGGGUCGAACUGCGACACGAGCAUAUCGCUGUCGUCUCCACCCAGGUGACGCAGAAUCUGAAGAAAUUCACCGAUUCCAAGCGCAUGAGUUCCACAGCGGACAAAUCAUCGAUGCGCGAUCUGUCGCAGAUGAUCAAGAAGAUGCCGCAGUAUCAGAAGGAGCUGUCCAAGUAUUCCACCCAUUUGCAUUUGGCCGAGGACUGCAUGAAAUCGUAUCAGAACUAUGUGGACAAACUGUGUCGCGUUGAACAGGAUCUGGCCAUGGGCACCGAUGCCGAAGGCGAGAAGAUCAAGGAUCAUAUGCGCAACAUUGUGCCCAUUUUGUUGGAUGCGAACGUGUCAAACUAUGACAAAGUGCGCAUCAUUUCGCUGUAUGUGAUGAUCAAGAACGGCAUCUCCGAGGAGAACUUGACCAAGUUAUUUACACACGCUCAGCUGUCCACUAAGGAUCAGGAUAUGGUGCGCAAUCUGAGCUAUUUGGGCAUCAAUGUGAUUGCCGAUUCACGCAAGAAGAUCUAUUCGGUGCCACGAAAGGAGCGCAUCACGGAGAGCACAUACCAGAUGUCACGCUGGACACCGGUGAUCAAGGACAUUAUGGAGGAUUGCAUUGAGGAUAAGCUAGAUCAGCGACACUUUCCAUUCCUCGAGGGACGCGCCCAGAAUACGAAUUACCAUGCACCGACUAGCGCUCGCUACGGCCACUGGCACAAGGACAAGGCGCAGACGCAGGUGAAGAAUGUGCCGCGUCUGAUCAUCUUCAUUGUCGGUGGCGUUAGCAUGUCCGAGAUGCGUUGCGCCUACGAGGUGACCAAUUCAGUGCGCAACUGGGAGGUGCUAGUCGGCUCAUCGCAUGUUCUAUCGCCUGAAAUCUUUCUCAGCGAUUUGGGCAGCCUCUCCAAGGAGGAUUAAGCAAACCAAAAACAAACACACCGAACACAUACACACACACAAAAUCCUUCUUAAUUUUCCGGAAUCAAAAAGAAAAACCACACAACAUAAAGAAGGAAGUGAAAACUAUGCUUAUUACAUCUAGCCAGUCUGUAAUUUGUUAUUUGAUAUAUAUAUAUAAACAUAUAUAUAUAUAUAUACAUAUAUGUACUUUGUUCGAUAUUCAUUAUAAGCGUAUCGAUCUGUUCCAUUAUUGUUCAUUGCUCACCCUACACAGGUGGUUUAUUGACGACUCUAUAUAUAGUAUAUAUACGCACCUCUUGAACUAACUAACCCACAGAUCAAAAGAACAAUACAAACACACACAUACUUAACCAAUAAUAACUAUGUACACUCAUAUAUAUAUAUCUAGAUAAACAGUCCGAUGUAUGUAUGUCAGCCCAACUUCUCCGAUAUAUCGUAUAUAUAGUUAGUUAUAUAUGAGUGCAUAUAGAUUUGUCAGCUAUUUAUGUGUGUCAACUCGUUUAUUAAUUUAUAGUUCAAAAAUAGUUCGUUGUUAUUACCGAAAUGAACUUAUUUAUCCGCUCUUUAAAUCGGAAGUGGAAAAAUUACAAGAAAAAAACAAAAAAAAAAGAAUUGAUAAAGAUAUAUACUGUUUGUUGUUUAUGUACAUCACAAAAAAAAGAAAAACGAAAGGAAAUUAGUCAAAUGUAGUUAUGCUAAAUGCGAAAUUCAGUUAAACAAAACAAAAAAAAUUCAAAAAUAUUUAUUAACAGAGCUGUUAACAGAGGCUGCAGAGCCACUGUGUGUUUAACAGUAUGUUAACAUUAACAGUUUAACAGUAUGUUAAUUGCUUCUCGAUGUCGAAAUGCAAAAUAGUUUUUCAAAGUUUCAUAAAGCGAUCUUGCACCAUUAACAUAAAUAAAUUCAACACACACACACACACAAACAAACACUUAACAGUUAAUGUUAACAGCAUGUUUAUUCUCUAUAUAUCGAAUGCAGUAACAGAAAAGGAUCGACACACACACAUACAAAUGCGCUCAUAUACACAGACACUUAACAUUAGCUCAGAUACAACGCAAAAUAUAAAAAACGGUUCGCGUCGCGUGGGCAAAACUUGUGAUUCGAAAAUCGAAUUUUAAAUUAACAAAAAAAAAAAAAAAUGAAACGAAAAGAAAAGAAAACAACUUUAAACGAAACACAAUUAAUUGCAUAACAGCAUUAGCUUAGCAUUUUGAAAAGCAAUAUUUAAAUUUGCAAGAAAUAAAAAAAAAACAUGGUAUAUGUCUUUCAAUUGAAGCCAAUAAUAU